UAAUGCUCUGUCUACAGCAAAAUAACGGGGUUAGGGUUUGUGGUCCCUUCCUCUCUCGCGAGGCGCUGGGGGCGCCGAUCCUCUGGCGAUGGCACACGAUGUCAUCGUCUGUGACAAUGGAACAGGGUUCAUCAAAUGCGGGUUUGCGGGUGAGAAUUUUCCCACUGCGGUUUUUCCCUGCAUGGUUGGAAGGCCAAUGCUCCGGUACGAAGAGUCGCUCACGGAGCAGGAAUUAAAGGACAUAGUUGUGGGGGAUGCGUGUACAGAACUAAGACAUCAGCUUGAGGUAUCGUAUCCGGUGAGCAAUGGCAUUGUACAAAGUUGGGAAGAUAUGGGGCACGUCUGGGAUCAUGCAUUUCAGAACGUUCUAAGAAUUAACCCUUCGGAGUGCAAAAUAUUGCUUACUGAUCCUCCACUUAAUCCUACUAAGAAUCGCGAAAGAAUGGUUGAGACUAUGUUUGAGAAGUACAAUUUUGCAGCUGUUUAUAUCCAAAUUCAGGCCGUUUUAACACUCUAUGCCCAAGGAUUAUUAACGGGGCUCGUAGUUGACUCUGGAGACGGAGUUACACACAUUGUACCUGUUGUAGAUGGGUACUCGUUCCCUCACCUCACAAAACGCAUGAAUAUUGCAGGGCGUCAUGUUACCUCCUACCUUAUCGAUCUUCUGCUCCGUAGAGGGUACGCUUUUAACAGGAGCGCGGACUUUGAAACAGUAAGGGAAAUGAAAGAGAGGCUAUGUUAUGUCAGUUUUGACUACAAGCGAGAAACUCAAUUGGCACUGGAGACAACUAUUGUGGUGAAGCAAUAUACGUUGCCAGAUGGACGAGUCAUAAAGGUAGGCGCGGAACGCUUCCAAGCACCAGAAGCGUUGUUCAAUCCGGAACUGCUGGAUAUGGAAGGAGGAGGACUUGCCGAGCUUGUAUUCAGAUGCAUUCAAGAAAUGGACAUUGACAAUCGGAUGACGCUUUAUCAACACAUUGUCCUAAGUGGAGGAAGCACAAUGUAUCCUGGUCUACCUAGCCGGUUAGAGAGGGAGAUUCGAGAUUUUUACCUCAAGACAGUUUUGAAAGGAAAUAAAGAGGGUUUGAAGAAGUUCAAGCUUCGAAUUGAAGACCCUCCCCGGCGGAAGCACAUGGUUUACUUGGGUGGUGCAGUUUUAGCUGGCAUCAUGAAGGAUACAUCUGAUUUCUGGAUUACAAGACAAGAGUACGAAGAAGAGGGUUUUAGAUGUCUUCGCAAAUGUGGACAGGCAUAGAGAAAUCGUUGUAGGCUGACCCAGGCUUGAGUGCUCGCCUUGUCCUUCGAAUCUGCGAGGGAGUCUUCCGUUUGUGUACAGCAUUUUCAUAUCUGUAUGUAACACCUUUUUGCUUGUA